UUUACUGUUUCCUUUUUACAGAAACGCGCCUAAUCUAGUAAUAGCCUUUUCCUUUGAGCAACGUGCUUCCUCCUGGACUAAACAAUCUGUCUCCUGAGCCAACCUGUGUUUUAUUUUUUCUCCUUGUUACCAAAAUCCUUCUCGUUUCUUUCAUCCUUUUGCAAUUUGGCUGUUGUGUGGUUCUUGGCUUAGGAUUUCGAGUGUCAUGCAUUUCUCCAAUGAUGAGUUCGAUUUCAGUGAACUUCAGCAAGAAGCUCAACACCGUUGGCUGAAGCCAGCAGAGGUGCUGUUUAUUUUACAGAACCAUGAGAAGUUCAAGAUUACUACAGAAUCUCCAACUAAACCUCCAAGUGGUUCCUUGUUCCUAUUCAACCGGAGGAUACUUCGUUUUUUCCGCAAGGAUGGCUAUAAUUGGAGAAAAAAAAGAGAUGGAAGAACGGUUGGAGAAGCACAUGAGAGACUGAAGGUGGGGAAUGUUGAUGCAUUAAACUGCUAUUAUGCUCAUGGAGAGGAUAACCCAAAUUUUCAAAGGCGAAGUUAUUGGAUGCUUGAUGGGGCUUAUGAACAUAUUGUUCUUGUUCACUACAGAGAAGUAUCUGAGGUUAGGACCAGUUCAGGUUCUGUUUCAAGUAUGGUGUCAGAAGUCUCUUCCACCUUUAACAGUCAUAAUAUCAGUUUUUCCAGCCCUCAAAGUCUCGGGCAGGUUCAUAGCCUUAAUCAAGUAUAUAAUCAACCUUGGAAUUCAGUAAGCCCAGGAUCUUUAGAAGAAGUUAGCUCCGGAGUGGUUUCUGUGGAUGAUUAUGGAGAUAAUUUAAAUGUUAUGGACAGAGCUGUUGAAUUUGGAACUCAGUCAAAGCCUGAAGUAAGUCAAACUCUGCGAAGGCUUGCUGAGCAAUUAAGUCUUGAUGAUGAUGAUGGCCAUAUUUCCAUGUAUUGUCCUGAGAAUGUUCCAUCAAAUCAUGGUUCCGAGAAGGUUUCUCAGUUUUCUGAUGUUUCAGCAAACAACGUAGCCACAUUUGAGCAGGAUCUGCUUACUAACCUUUUAAGUGAUCAGAAGCAAGGUCAAUUUGCUGGGAAAGAAAAGGUGGUUGAUGAGUCUUACAUCAACUCAUUAUUGCCAAAUCCAGGCAUUCAGGGAAAGCGGCAUGGGCAGACUUGGAGUGAUCCAAUUGAAACAAGAGGCUCUCCAUCUUGGAAAGAAAUGCUUGAGCUGUCUUCAAGUUCGGCUGCACCUGAAGAAACAAAUCUAAAUAAAGCAUCUUUGCAUUGUGUUCCUAGGACAUCAGCAAAUGGGACGACUGAGCUUGGUGGACACUCUAAGUCGGAACAUUCCACUACUUUAUAUGAAAGAGGUUGGUCACAAUUUUCUUCAGAAGGAAAGGGCAUUUCUCUGAAUCCUGAUGAAGAGACCACAUGCUUGGCUUGGGGUUGGAAAGUUGUUGAAGGAAACAGGGGAGAAAAUGGCUCUGGUCAGCCUUCUGCCAAUAAUUUGUGUCAGCAACUUUCUGCUGCACGUCAGUUCCUACUUGGGACCGACAACCUUGAAUUACCAACUUCGUCUUCCUUGCCCCAACAUGAUGAAAAACCUUCUGCUUCACAAAGCUUGUUAAGAUCCAACGUUCAUGUAGGGGAUCAUCAUGAUGGGAUACUCAGAAGGGAAAGUAGUCUAGAAUGGACUGAAACUAAGGACAUGAGCAUCUCUUGCAGCCAGUACUCUCCAGAAUAUUAUGGAACUCUGUUUGAUCAAGAACAUCAUCUGGGUCAACCUCCUGAAGCUGAUUCAGGUUUGACUGUUUCACAAGUUCAACGGUUUACCAUACGAGAAAUAUCUCCAGAUUGGGCAUAUUCUACAGAAGGUUCAAAGGUCAUAAUUAUUGGUGAUUUUCUUUGUGACCCAUCCGAAUAUAGAUGGUGUUGCAUGUUUGGUGAUAUCGAAAUCCCAGUGGAGCUUGUACAGAAAGGUGUGCUUCGUUGCCAGGCUCCUCCACAUGUCACUGGAAAAGUUCCAUUUUGUAUCACAUCUGGAAACAGAGAAUCCUGCAGUGAAAUACGAGAAUUUGAGUACCGUUUUAAACCUCAUGCAUAUCCUGCAGUCUACUACAGUUCACGAGAACAUGAAACAGUUAGUUCAAGGGAUGAAUUGCUGUUGCUUGUCAAACUCACACAAAUGGUAUUACAUGGAAAUGCAUAUGCUUCAACAGAUGGUGUGGAAUCAAAAGGCACAUCCUCAGAUAAUUUCAAAGUGGGUGAUAAUCAAUGGGAAGGAAUUAUAGAUUCAAUUUUAGAUGGUUCAGAGAAUUUUUCUGAUAUUAAGGAGUGGCUAUUACAAGAACUUUUAAAGGUUAGAUUGGAGCAGUGGCUUCUAGAGAAAUGCCAACAUGAUGGAACUGCAGAUUGCUCACUAACCAAGCAUGAGCAAGGUGUGGUACAUAUGAUUGCUGCCCUAGGAUAUGAAUGGGCAUUGAACAAAGUACUUAAAUGUGGUGUUGUUAUUAACUUUCGGGACCACAAUGGUUGGACCGCACUUCAUUGGGCUGCAAAAUUUGGGAGGGAAAAAAUGGUUGCUGCUCUUCUAGCUGCUGGGGCAUUUGCUGGUGCUGUGACAGAUCCUACUUCACAAGAGCCAUCUGGUAGAACAGCUGCAGCUAUUGCUGCUGCCAAUGGGCAUAAGGGACUUGCAGCAUAUCUUUCAGAGGUUGCACUUACAAGUCAUCUUUCAUCACUUACACUGGGUGAAACUGAAAUUUCUAAAGGGUCUGCUGCUGUUGAGGCAGAAAAAACUGUGGAAAGCAUAUCAGAAAGGAGCAGUGUUCAGCUCCAGUUGGGUGUCACAGAGGAUCAGCUCUCACUGAAGGAUUCUUUGGCAGCUGUGAGGAAUGCAGCUCAGGCUGCUGCACGCAUACAGUCUGCUUUCCGUGCUCAUUCCUUCAGAAAGCGGCAGCAGAAAGGUGCAAACCAAUAUGAUGAGUGUGGUAUGACUCAAGAUGACAUUCGUGGACUAGUAGCGGCAUCAAAGCUUCACAAGGCCUUUCGUAGUCUUCAUGAUCACAGGUUAGAUGUUGCAGCUACCCGUAUUCAAAGGAAAUAUCUAAGUUGGAAAGGACGUAAAGAUUUCCUAAUGCUUCGACGGAAUGUAGUGAAAAUCCAGGCUCAUGUCCGAGGACACCAGGUUCGUAAAAAAUACAGAGAAUUUGUGUGGACCGUUGGAGUUCUUGAAAAGGUCAUACUGCGCUGGCGUCGUAAAGGUGCAGGUUUGCGAGGUUUCAGAGCAGAGCAAGACUCAACAGUUGACUUGGAUGAAGAUGAUGACAUACUAAAAGUAUUCCGGAAACAGAAAGUGGAUUUGGCUCUCGACGAAGCUCUCUCUCGAGUGCUUUCCCUGGUUGAUUCUCCUGAUGCUCGCCACCAAUAUCGACGUAUGCUUGAAAGCUAUAAGCAAGCUAAGGCCGAAAGACAGAUAAAGGAUACACAUUGUCAUGAUGAUUCCAUGGAGGCUGAUGACAUGAACCAAUUCAGAUAUCAGUAGGGUGUCCAUAUUCCUAUCAACUAAUGCAAAAGAAAAGGAGUUUCUUGAAAUAGAUUUUAUGCAACUGAAGCGUGUACAGUAUAUAUCAUGCCACUAGGUGAACUAUGGCUUCAUACAUAUGACUGUUGUAAGCUCUUAUUUUUCGUGUAAAUAGUUGGUUAACACCGAAUGCCCAUCAAUCUCGUGUUUUUUUGUUCAA